AUGGGCGCCGAGAAUCCAAUCGCUUUGAUGCUUUCGAAAUUGGCUGUGAGUGAUGAACCGAGCACUUCUUGCAAUCCGUAUGGUCCAAUUGGCCGUCCUCGUGUCACUUCAAAUGCUUCCCAAUCGGAUUGCCUUCGAAACACGUCUUUCAGGACUUCAUCAACAUCGACCGGUAUUUCGAGUGGUCGUUCAUCAUCUCUUCUCCCAACUCCUCCUCCAUCACCACCAAAUGUUUUCUUUUUGGGAAACUCACAGAUGAUGUCCUCCUCUCCGCAGUCCUAUUCUCCAUUCCACUCUUCUUCCAACAAUACUCCAUUCAGUGCUGCCGGCUUCCGAAUGUAUUCUCCAAAUUCGGCUUUCACUUCUCCAAUUCAAACCCCAUUCGGAACCCCUCCAUAUUCUCAAUCUUUCCAUCAAGUUUUCCGCCAACCGCAUCAAAUCAUUCAACAACAGCCUGUUCAACAAACUGAUGAGGAUAUUGAAGCUGAGGUUCUCCGUGAACUCCAAGCUCUUCGUUCAACUGUUCCCGAUGACUAUGUCUGUCAUCGAUGCAAUCAAAAGGGACAUUGGAUUAAAUUCUGUCCUACUAAGAACCCAAUGAAUGAGCGUACUCCCUAUCAAGGUGAUCGUCCGUCAGUUGGAUUCUUUCGUUGUGGUUGCACGAGACAAUGGAAAGCUGAUGCACAAAAGAAUACGCCCAUGACUUGCCGUGGAUGUCGUCAACCCGUUUUCCCAUUCAAGAUGAUGAAGAAAAGUGGU